AUGGCAGCCGACGAGGCGGACGGAAUACGACGCGUCGAGAUCGCCAGGGAGCCGGUUCGCACGCCCGGCUAUGCGAACCCCGUGGACCCUAAACCCCGUCGAGGAAAUCCCGUCGAGGAAAUCCCGCCGAGAAACCCCGUCAAGCCCAAAUUGGACGCGUCGGGUUUGUGCGAGGACGAACUCCGCGAUUUCUGUGAGGCCGCUACUCCACACGACCGAAGGUCGAUGGAGGAAGAGACUCAUGCUCAGGGGGAGCACGAGGUGCUCGCGGCUACGAAGGCCAGGGGGAGCACGUUGGUGCCCAUGGUGACGGUGCAGACGAAGGUGCUGAAGGUCAAGGCCGGCCAGCAGCGCCCGGUGGCGGACCCAAGGAGCGGUUUGCAGAGCGCGCGCGAGGGCGGCAAGAUGACCGCGGACGUGCGUAGGCGGCGGCCGACAAUGAAGCGAUUCGGCACGCGAGGCGUGCGCGAGCUCAAGAUAAUGCCAAAGACAAGGGAGCACAAGAAGGAGAACAACGACGAUGGUCAAGAUGUUCGACGGGCAAGGCGAGCGGCUGUUGGAAGACCAGGAAUGUAA